UAGCGUAUCCAUUAUUAAGUGAUACUAGCCUGAGGUCACCCCAUUUGCGAUCAUGUCGGAUGACAGCCCAAGUAAGCACAUGGUUACUUUCCAUACAUGUCUCAAGUUACUACAACUGUUGGGCUAUUGACGAUUUGACGGUUGUCUCGGCGAUGCAACCUUAGGUUCACAUGCGCAGGUAUUGAUCAUCGAGUCAAAAUUGCAACCCGGUAUCCUCAAAUAACUACAGCUACGAUUUCAGCGCUCAUGUCACCUGGUACCUCCUUCCUUAAUGAUAAAUGCGGCUUCCCAUUGUCAAACUUGGGUCACUGAUACAUAGAAAGACUCCGAACGCCUUAUGAUCCAGGGAUUUCUUCUUCUCCUCGAAACCCGCAGCACCUGCUACGAUGCUGGCCUCAUGUUCGCGACCACAACGGCAGCCCCUCCGAGUGUUGAUAGACUCCUCGCUUCCUCUGGCUCACUGUUCGACCUCCCCUGAUCCCCCUUCUCCUUCAUCCGAUUCCAGUUUAAUGACAUCAGGUCCAACGCCAAGCACAGGCGACCCAGAAUGGUUCAUCUGCAACGUCAUAUGUAUGUUUGACUUCGAGUCAGACGAUCCAGAUCAUCUCUCGUUCACCCGCAAUGAGAUUCUCACCGUUGUGAAGAUGGAGGAAUCAGGAUGGUGGGCUGCCAUGCGUCCCGAGGGGGACCGUCUCGGGUGGAUUCCAAGCUCUUUCGUAGAGCGUCUCACAGAAAUAGCUGUAGAAGAACCAUAUAAGGAGGAUCUUCACACCUGGAUCCAUAACUUUGACCAUGAAGAAAACGAUGCGAGAAAUUCCGAAUCAGUCUCUGAUUCGGAAUGCAUACAACUUGUGGACAUAUGGAAUUCUGUGUCAGAUGUGGCGAAGCCUCUGUCACCACCCAGUGACCAGUUGUGUCGUGAGGAUUCAAGAAGCAGCAAUCAAAUCUAUGGCUCUUUCUUCAGCUUGUCUGAUGGUGAACCGUCACCACACGGUUUAACCUGUCUUUCCCCUUCCCCUGUGCACGGCAUGUUACAACCCUCGGUCACUCCGCCCAGUCCAGUGUCCGACGUUCCUCUUAAACCACUCGGAAAACUCGACGACCUACAAUGGUCAUGCUUUGGUAUUGAUUCAGGGCGCUCUCUUCCGUUAUCGCCUUAUCCCCGCCGCCCCCGCCGUCUAGCGGUGCUCGUUAAUGACCACGAAUCCUUGUCGCGCCUUUCUGCUAUGAUCGACAGGGAACAUUCACCUGGUUUCUAUGCCCUUGACAGUCCACAUAUGAAAGAGACGUUUGACGAAUUCAACAAGAGGUAUACAGGAAGUUAAAUAUCUAUAUUCCAAAUACCCCUACCUUCCCUAUCACUGUUGUAUUCAGAGCUAGGUCUUGAGUUGCUUGUAUUUUUUCGCCUGGUCCAUACUUGUAGCAUACCAUAUUUUCCGCAUAGAGCACAGGCUGCAUCCAUAGACUGGCUUAUAACAGAAUCAUCAUAAGAUCAUAUCCCCACCUUCUGGCUUGAUAUGAAUAUGUAUCUAUCACAGAAAGUUAAGGAUUGAAGUAGGUCAUGAUUACGG